AUGGUCACUUCCACCACCGCAGAUGGCACACUCUCCGUCGAUCUCCACCACCACCGCCACCCUAGCUCCCAUUCUCCAUCAUCGCCAUCAGCAUCAUCAACAGCCUCCUCCCUCUGCAGAAUCAUCGUCGAAUCCCUAGAAAUUUUAUUGAGAAACAGAGCACUCUUCCUCUCGAUCACUCUGUUUUUCGCCUUCCCUCUCUGUUUCCUAUUAUCUUCCCUUUCUGUCUCAUCGAUCCCACUCAGAUCCAAGAUCCUCCGCCUCGAGUACCUCGCCACCGUCGCCCCGACCCACUACGAGUCCCGCCAGGUGUGGAAGGAAUCCCGCGAGGUCUUCCUCUCUCUGCUUCAGCUCAAGCUCCUCCACCUCGUCCCUGCGAAUUCGAUCGCUUUAAUCGCCGCGAUCUCCGCCGUCACCGCCGCCGAUUCGGGCAGGAAGCGCCCCGUCGGUUUCAGAUCCACGAUCGCCGCGGUGCGACCGGCGUGGGCGCGGGUCGCGGCGACGGCGAUCUGUGUGUACGCGAUCUCGUGGGCGUACGCCGGGCUGCCCGCCGCGGCGGCGGCGGUGCUGGCGCCGGGGAUUGGGAGGUCGGGGAUUCGAGUGGGGAUUUGGGUUGUUGGGUUGGCGGUGGAAGUGUAUAUGAUGGCGGUAAUGGGGAUGGCGUUGGUGGUUUCGAUCGUGGAGCGGCGGUCGGGUUGGGAGGCGAUUCGGGUCGGGUCGGAUCUUCUGGAGGGGAGGCGGGUUUGCGGGUGGGUUCUUUCGGGUGGGAUGGCGGCGGCGACGGGAGUGAUUGGGUGGAGGAUGGAGGAGGCGGCGGUUGAGGACGUGAUGACGGCGACGUGGGUGGAAAGGUGGUGGGAGAGGGCGGUGGUGGUCGGGGUUUAUGCGGCGGUGGUGGUUUGGGGGUUCGUCGUUAGCACCGUUUUUUACCGGGAGGCUAGAAAGCGGCAUGGGAUUAGGGAUCAUGAAAUGGAGAUUUUGGAGGCUUGA